CUAAGUAAACACAAAAGUAAUUCUAUAGGUAUAAAUAAUGUUUCAUAUUUGGAAGUUACAAUAAAAGUUAUAAUCUACUCUAAUAGAGGUUUUAAAAAAGAGUAAAAAAAUGAAGGUUUUCUAUUUGAUAUUACUCAUAGCAUAUGUGGAUAUAUCUGCAGCAGCUGGGACUUCUAACCAUAAUUUAUGUUUAAAUUGUAAUGACGCAAAGACACAUAAUGGUAACGAAGUAUGUUUCCUUUGUUUAUUGAAUGGAGAUAAUCCAAAACAAACCAUCCAAUUUUUCAAAGUAGACUGCUCAAAAUGUCAAAAACCAUUACCUAAUGAUUAUAAUGAUGAUGACAACCUGUGUCCUAGUUGUAGAAAAGAGAAAACAUAUGCAGAACUGGCAAGAGAAUUUAAAGCAAUAAAUGAUUUGCAAGACAAUUUUAAAAAAUAGUUCAAGAUAUUCCUGUAAAAAUAUUAAUCAUAAUUAUAAUGUAUAUGAAAUAAUAUUAAUUAUUGAGCUUUUUGUUUAUAAAGAUAUAUUUUAAACAUUAAAAAAUAUAAUUGAUACUUAUACUUUCGAGGCGAAA